GUUCAUUCUGCGAUAGAAACAUUUCAUCGCUGGGAUCUCUAUAAAGACGCUGAUUAGUUUUAUUUUAGGGUAGCGUAUCCAUCCACUGCAGGCAUCAUGUGCACGGGGGCAUGUUCUAAGGUCAUCGCUGUCUGUCUCUAUGUUCUGGCUCUUAUUUCAAUCAUCUGCAACAUCAUCCUCUUCUUCCCCGACUUUAAAACUGAAUUUGCCAGCAAUGACAGGGAGGACAUUCCCAUGCUUACACCUGAAGUCAAAUAUAUGGGAGGUGUUCUUGGAGGAGGAAUCCUGGUGCUCAUUCCUGCUAUUCACAUCCAUCUGACAAGCGCAAAAAACUGCUGUGCCAACCGCUGUGGGAUGUUCCUGUCCAUUGGGUUUGCUGCCAUCGGAGUCCUGGGGGCCAUUUACAGUUUGAGUAUUGCUGCCGUGGGUCUAUCCAAAGGGCCCGUCUGCUUUUAUGAGACUAAAUGGCAAAGACCUUUCCAAAACAGUUCUGGAGGUUAUCUGGAUAACAAAAAUGUAUGGGAUUUGUGCGAGCUACCAAAACAUGUGGUCCAGUUCAAUCUGGGGUUGUUCUGCACACUGCUGGCCGUUUCUUGCCUGGAGAUUAUCCUCUGCGGCAUCCAGAUGGUCAAUGGACUAUUCGGCUGUUGCUGUGGCACCUGCUCUGGCAAGGAUUAAGGCGAAGUGGACGUACUUCACACCAUGACUUCUUGACGAAGAGCCGAGAGCGACCUUUUAUUCUCGCCAUCAUCACUUUAACCAAUGUUUAUCAUUACAACAAUCACAAUAAUCACAAUUACAGGCUGCAGCUUUUCUGCUUGUGCAUAAAUAAAAUAUGAACUUGUCAAGAGGAUUGACUGGGAUUACCGCCGAUUGUCUCUUUUUGCUUUUAUUUUCUUUUAAAGAUUGAAUAUAAA